AUGACUUUUUCAAUAAUGCGAAAGCGUGUGGAGAAGCGGGCGCUGGAAAAACAGCUCAAAAUAGACGAUAUGGUGGUGUUUGAUGAGGACCUGCCCCACAAACUGGACGAGUGUCGGCUCACUUUUGUCGACUUUGCGCCCAUACUUAAGAGAAAGGACCAUGGUGGCGGCAUACAAAGUGUUCAAUAUUCGGAACUUAUGGAUUUUGCCAACAAAUGGCUGCUAAGGCAGGAGCGCUGGGAUGUGCUGAACGCCGAAACCGUGUCGGCCAUCAUCGAGAUCGUGAUCGACGAGAGGGGUGAAGUGGUGGGCAAACACAUACUCAGCACUUUUACCGUCACGGAAGACAGUGCCGGAUACAAGGAGGGCGUAUCGUAUCACCAUCUUACUCUGAGCAAAGCACCCAUACACUUCCGGGUCAAAAUGUUGCGCCUAUGGCUGUUGACGUUUGAUCCCAACGAGUACAACGAAAAAGUCCGUCCAAUAGUGUCCCAAAUCCAGUUCCGGGACUUUGAGCCCCGUUCCCUGACCGACACUCCCGGCGAGUUUGAGUCGUGCGACGAAUUGAUGGCCAGAGUUAAUGAUGCGGUCAACGCCGAAGAGAUCACCGGCAAAGUGUUAAACGUCCAGACACUGGCCUGCGGUGCCAGUCAUGAGUGGCGGGUCGACACCGAGAGUACCGAAGCCAAGCCAUGGGUGGGCAAAACAGUGUACGUGUUGCGCGUGUUUUACGCCCUUGGUCCUAUACACGAAGAGUUGGUCGGUUUGGCUGACUUUGUGCCCGAGUGUCUAGUGGGUGGGGGUGUUUUCAAGAGACCCCGGUUUGAGUCCCAGUCCUCACUCAUAAGGAAGGCCAGCAAAUGGCUGUCCGAUAAUCCAGAGGUCAAUUUCUGCAGCGCUUCAUCCAUUGAUGUCAAACUCAAGUCAAUGGUUUCAAUAGACACGAAACAGAUGGCCAUCACUCGUGACACCGGGGACUUUGUCCGUAUACUACGGCUCGUAUACACUAAACCACGUGAACUGCCGUCAGAUAUACCCAUCUCAUCAACACUACCGCCACCUCCGCCCGUAUACAUAGAGCACCGGACGUUUGUCGUUCACAAGGGCUACGGAGAGGUCAAGCGAGUGAUCAAUGAGUUCUUGGUACGGGAUGAAUGGCGGGCCACCGAUCAGUACAAGUGGUUACUGUUAAACGUGGAGACUGUGGCCGUGUUUGCGUCCAACGGUCUGCGCGAGUCCCUCGAGACUAAUGCCGACCAGAGUUUUCAGGCUCUCCUGUCCUCCAAUCUGUCAAUGAAUAGGACGGAGUAUUUUGCCAUUAAAUUGUAUUAUGACGUCGGCUACUAUGGUAUCGACCAUUUGGCUACCGGUGUUAAGGCCGAGGAGGAGGCCGAGGCGGCUAAAGGCACCGGUAAAGGCUAGGAAGGCAUACACGAAGACAACGACAAUACAAAUACAAUGACAAUAAUAGGAAAACGUGUGGAAAAGCGGGCGAUGGAAAGGCUGCUGAAGAUUGACGAUAUGGUGGUGUUUGAUGAGGACCUGCCCCACAAACUGGACGAGUGUCGGCUCACUUUUGUUGACUUUGCGCCCAUACUUAAGUCAACACAUGAUGGGAAAGGCACCCAAAGUGUCCAGUACUCGGAGUUAAUGGAUUUUGCCAACAAAUGGCUGCUAAGACAGGAGCGAUGGGAUGUGUUGAGCGCCGAAACCGUGUCGGCCAUCAUCGAGAUUGUGAUUGACCCGAGAGGCGAAGUGGUGAGCAAACACAUACUCAGCACAUUCACCAUCACAGAAGACAACCCGGAAUACCAGGAUGGCGUGUCUCUCCACCAUUUCACCCAGAGCAAAGUACCCAUACUCUUCAGGGUCAAAAUGCUGCGCCUAUGGCUGUUGCCGUUUGACCCCAACAAGUAUAACGACAAACUCCGGCCAAUAGUGCCCCAAAUGCAGUUUCGGGACUUCGAGCCCCGUUUCCUGACCGACACUCCCGGCGAGUUUGAGUUGUGCGACGACGUGAUGGCCAGACUUAACGACGCGGUCAACGCCGAAGAGAUCACCGGCAAAGUGGUGAACGUCCAGACACUGGCCUGCGGUGCCAGU